AUGUCCCUCCUCCGCCUCACUGUCCAGCGCACGCCCGCGUUCGCGCGCUCGUUCUCGGUCUCGGCUGCGCGCAAGGACCUCAUCCAGGACCUCUACGUCAACCAGCUCAAGUCGUACAAGGCGCCUGCCAAGGGUGCUGACGCGCACACUCAACACGUCCGCUCGUUCGCUGCGCCCGCCACCCCCGCCGCGCCUGCUGUCCCCAGCGACCUCGCCGGCGAGAUGUCCAAGUUUGACGCGACGGAGCCUACCCUCGGCAACACUGCUACUCCCACUCAGGCUGCUGCUGAGACUGGCGGCUCGGCCCAGGAGUUCCUCGAGGCCAUGGAGGCCGACCUCCCCAAGAACACCGACCACUAG